CAAUGAGGAAGAGGUUUCAUUUACUUAUGUCGUUUCGUCUUCCCUUGCUUUUCGUUUCCAAAACUUCACCAAAUCCUUUUUGAACUUUCUUACUCGAUUUUCUCAAUGUCAAACAUAGUCAGUCAGACAGUCGUAAUCUCCAAGUAUAAAACGCCUAUUUCGUUCCCGUAAUCUUGGUCAAAGAUUCAAAGGGAGGGUUUCGUGUUUCAGUUCAAAUGGAAACCCAAAACCCAAUCCCAUGCCUCCUCAUCUUCUUCCCCAUGUUCUUCGUCGUCUACCUCAUUGCCUACUUCAUCGUCUUCCGUACUUGGAGCCCUAAGAUCCGACCCGAAGCCUCCAGCUGCCUAAUUUCCCUCGCCCACGGCACCCCCGCCGUCUUCUUAUCCACUUACGCCAUACUCGCCUACCCGGCCACCGGCUUCGCCUCCCAAAACACCCGCUUCCAGAACACCGUUCUCGAUUACAGCGUCGCCUACUUCCUCACCGAUCUUCUCCACUACAUCGUCUUCUUCCCCAGUGACGUCCUCUUCAUCGGCCACCACUUGGCCACGCUCUUCGUCUUCCUCACCUGCCGAUACGUGGCGUCCCACGGCGCAUUCGCCAUUCUCUCUCUUCUGAUCCUGGCCGAGGUCACCAGCUUGUGCCAGAACGUGUGGACGCUCGCGAACGCUCGGAGAAGGGACUUGGAAUUUGCAGCUAAGGUGUAUGAUCUUUUGUCUCCUCCUUUUUACGUGUUGUAUUCGAUUGUGCGGGGAUUGGUGGGUCCGUAUUUCGUGUACCGAAUGGGUGCGUUUUAUGUAGGCGGUGAGGCUGAUGGUUUGAUUCCGAGGUGGGUUUGGGUUUCUUGGAUUGUUGUGGUAAUGUCAGCUAUCUCUGUUAGCAUUUUGUGGAUUUCGAAUCUUUGGGUUGAGUUGUUUAGAGCAAGGACUGGCAACUUGGAAAAGAAAACAAGAUAAAACCAAGUAGAGAUUUGAUUAGAGGGAACAUUUUGAAAUUAAACUUUGAGUCUCUGAUUCUCAAGCUUAAUAACAAUUUGGGUUGGCUACUACUUACUACUGGUGAUAUAUGUAAACAAUUUGCAAAAUGUAACUCUGUAUCUUUGAUCAAUCAUUUCUCAAUCAAAGUCCUUUUCUUUCUUCUUCUAA